GGGGGGGGGGCGGCGCCAUGGGGGCCGUGCUGGGGGUCUGCUCGCUGGCCAGCUGGAUUCCCUGUCUGUGCAGCGGUGCCUCGUGUUUACUGUGCCGAUGUUGCCCCAACAGCAAGAAUUCUACAGUGACACGGCUUAUCUAUGCCUUCCUCCUCCUCCUCAGUACGGUGCUUGCCUGCAUUAUGCUGGCACCAGGCAUGGAAGAGCAGCUGAAAAAGAUACCUGGAUUUUGUGACGAGGGGCUUCACACUCAGUUCCCCCACUUGGAUGGAUUUGUCAGCUGUGAUGUGUUUGUGGGAUACAGAGCUGUCUAUCGUGUCAGCUUUGCCAUGGCUGUGUUCUUCUUCCUCCUCUCCCUGCUGAUGAUAGAGGUGAAAACAAGUAAGGACCCGAGAGCUUCGAUCCACAAUGGGUUCUGGUUCUUCAAAAUAGCUGCCAUUGUGGCUAUCAUGGUUGGAGCAUUUUAUAUACCAGAAGGACCUUUCACAAGAGCAUGGUUUUGGAUUGGUGUUUCUGGAGCCUUCUGCUUCAUUCUUAUCCAGUUGGUUCUACUUGUGGAUUUUGCUCACUCUUGGAAUGAGAGCUGGGUUGAGAAAAUGGAAGAGGGGAAUUCUAAAUGCUGGUAUGCAGCUCUAUUGUCCUGUACGAGCUUGUUCUAUGCCUUGUCCCUGGUGUUUGUUGUUCUCUUCUACGUUUUCUACACGAAGCCUGAUGACUGCACUGAGAACAAGUUCUUCAUAAGCUUUAACAUGAUCCUGUGCAUUGCUGUCUCCAUUGUUUCUAUCCUGCCAAAAGUUCAGGAACAUCAGCCUCGCUCUGGCCUCCUCCAGUCCUCUGUCAUCACUCUCUACACCAUGUACCUCACGUGGGCAGCCAUGUCCAAUGAGCCUGAAAGAAACUGUAACCCAAGUUUGCUGAACAUCAUCACCCAGAUAGCUGCACCCACAGCUGCUCCAGCCAAUGCCACCGUCCCUCCUGCCACUCCUGCUCCGCCCAAGUCCCUGCAGUGGUGGGAUGCCCAGAGUGUCGUUGGACUGGUUAUCUUUGUCCUUUGCCUCUUGUACUCCAGCAUCCGCUCUUCAAGUAACAGCCAGGUGAACAAGUUGACCCUGUCUGGCAGUGACACUGCCAUGCUGGAGGAGGCUGUGGGGACAGGCAGUGGGGCUGCUGAGGAGGGAGACGUGCGCCGUGUCACGGACAACGAGAAGGAUGGGGUUCAGUACAGCUACACCUUCUUCCACUUCAUGCUCUUCCUUGCCUCUCUGUACAUCAUGAUGACACUCACAAACUGGUACAGCCCUGAUGCUGAUUUCAAAACCAUGACAAGUAAGUGGCCAGCCGUGUGGGUGAAGAUAACCUCCAGCUGGGUUUGUCUGCUCCUCUAUCUUUGGACCUUAGUGGCGCCUCUUGUCCUUACUAAUAGAGACUUCAGUUAAAUUCCUGCACCUGUCGAGCUUACAAAAGUGAGGAACUCUUUGCUGAAAGCCAAAAUGUUCACUUAUUGCUUCAGUUACUGGUUCUUAUGUUGGUAUUAAAAUGCAGUUGGAUAGAGUUAUAUAUUGCAUAAUGCUUGAUGCAGCAUCAAAAUUACCAGUUAUCUUUGUAUUUUAACCUUUACCAGGGUUAUCUUGUUACUGCAUUUUUAAAAUUCACUACAGCUGUGCUGUCAAAAGCACAAAAGAAAUUAUCUAUUCUGUCCAAAAGCCACAACCUUCUACUGAAUAGAAGUUAAAAUUUAGUUAAAUAUGAAGUAAUAUAUUUUAAAGAACAAAUAUAAUCAGCAUAAUGCACUACUAUGCUCAUGCUUCAGUUUCUGGAAGUGUAAGCCAUGCUGCUUGAUUCCUACAUUCCACUGCUAAAGUUUAUUUACAGGAAAAGUUUAUUUCAAUUACUUCACUUUGUGUUGUGGCAAAAAGCACCCUUAUUCCUCGCCAAAAGAACAAAACUCCAAAGUUGAAAAACUGGCUAACUCUUAAUUCUUUUUAAGACAAACUUGCCCUUUUAAGAGGCCAUUUCUAUGGUAACUUCUUUUUUAGGAUGUUUGCCAAAUAGAGUGGUAAGUGUAUGAGUAGCUUAAUCAACUUUAUGAUUAUUUUGGAAAAAUAGAGCUUAUUGAUUGAUUGAUUUCAGUUGUCCAGUACACUUAAUAAAAGUAAUAUACAUGGAAUUAUUAUUAUUAUUGGCUCUAAGGCAUUUGCACUGUAAACUCAUUUGAAUAAAGCAGACUAACUACUGAAAGUGGCCCAGCUCUGUUAAAGUGUUAAGAGCCAGCAGUUACUUCUCCAGUGGAAAAUACCACAUGCAGUGAUCAGCUGCUGCCGUGCACAGGUGGAUGUGAUUGGGUGUUUUGUCUAUGCAGUAAAUACCAAGUGACAUGUUUCUUUUGAAACACAUAGUAUCUUCCCUGUGAGUCUGUGAAUGUCAAAUCCUGUUCCUUGAAGUUGCUCAGUUUAAGUCAACUUCUGUUCUCCAGCAGAAUGCAACACCUUUUGCUAAUGCAGUGCUGUGGUGAUUGAUUAUGUGCAGUAGUAACUGUGUGUAAAUGUGGAUUUUGUGUAUUAUUGACAUUUACAGUAAAAUUCCUGAACAUGACACAAGACAAAUGUAUUGAAAAUACCAAAUGAGUAGCUAUUACAAUGUGUUUAAUCACCCAGUCAUGCAUCAUAAACUUACACGUUUUUAACGACUUUGUUUUAUAAAAUGCAAUAUAAAAAUAAAUUUUAUCAAAAUAAGAUGUACACUUAACCACCCAACACCUCUAGAACUACAUGUAACAGAAGGCAAAAUUAACAUUUGAAUAACACAACGAUUAACUCAUGCCAAAAUGAGGUUUAAUGAAAAUCAUACUUCAGCCAGUUCCUGAAAAUACCUCAUGGCUCAUAACACCCAUUUGCAAGAGUAUAAAUUCAAGUACUUUUAUAUACAGUUUGCAGCUACCUUUUGUGCCACCUAAUGCCAGUGCAGUUCAAGUAUCCUUCCUUAUGUGUUGGAUUUGGCAGGGAUGGCUUAUAUACUGGGAAAGGCAUAUAACCAUGGAAAACAAAGUUAUUUCAAGUGGAAAGAAGAAAAAAAGUAGUUGUGCUGUAAAAAAAACCAAACAACCCC